GUCGUACCCUUAUGGACGGAAUAUUUGCAAUAAACAAACCUUCAGGGGUGACUUCCAGCAACUUUCUUACUCGUUUGAACAAGAUAUUUAAUGAGUCUGAGGUUUUCAAGCCCGCACUUGAUGAAAUCAGAAAAGAGCUCCAUAGAACUCAACCUAAGGGUUAUAAAAAGAAGCUUCGCCAACUUAAAGUGAAAAUGGGCCACGGUGGUACUUUGGACCCUCUAGCAUCCGGGGUAUUGAUCGUUGGAGUUGGAUCUGGUACUAAGAAGCUUGGAGGCUACCUGAAUGGCUCAGUCAAAGUCUAUGAAGCAGAAGCACUCUUUGGCGGAUCGACAACAACUGGAGACUCCGAAGGACAGUUGUUGACAAUUAGCGGAGUCGACCAUAUCACAAAAGAGAAAGUUGAAUUGUUAAAGAAGAUGUUUGUUGGUCAUUUACAGCAGACUCCGCCAAUUUUCAGUGCUCUAAAAAUGGAAGGAAUGCCUCUCUAUGAGUAUGCGAGACGCGGUCUACCUCUUCCCCGCAAGAUAGAGCCAAGAGAAGUUCAAGUGUAUGAGCUUGAUUUAAAGAAUGACUGUCUCAGCACAGAUCAUCCAUAUGAAUUUCUUAAAAGUGAGGUCGACGAAGACGGAACCGCACUUGUUGACAAGCUGAGCGGAAAUCCAACACUGAAUGAUCACAAAGUGUCUUUUUCAAAAGAGUACAUGGAGCUAUGUGACCGUGAUGAAUCAUUGAGUCGCGAAUGUGAGCCUUUGAGAACCGUGGAGAAGUUCCCUGAUGGAUUUAAAGCACCACUGCUUCAUUUCACAUCUAAGGUUUCCUCAGGAACAUAUAUAAGGUCUUUGAUCAGUGAUAUGGGGCGUGCUGUUGGCUCGUCAGCGUACAUGGUGAAGCUCAUUCGUCGGAAUCAAGCUGAAUGGGACUUGGAAAAAAAUGUCUUUGAUAUAGAGGAUUUUGAGCAAGAUGCAAAAAUUUGGGGUCCUGUGCUCCGCAAAGUUUUCAAAGAGGGGGCUUCUGUGGAUGUGAAGAAAGAACUCGCGGCACUAGGCAUGGAUAGAAAACUCGAAGAGCACGAACAGGAAUCCAAACGUGUCAAGACCAAAGACUAGGUCAUAGUAGGACAGCUAGACACAGUAUUAAUAGAAUCCACGGGAUAUGAUGAGUUCUGGAGCCUGCGCUGGUGUGUUGGAAGGUGAAAGAGUUGCAUGCAAGGUAGGUGUCACCGUCAUCGAGGUAUUUAUCGUCUCCAUAGCUCUUUUUGAUCAAGGAGGAGGUUGAAGGGCACUUGAAUCCAAAAUCGGGCGGACAAUCUCGAACUAUUGCCUGACAGAUAUUCAGGCAAGGAAGCACCUCAUAGUAGCUCAAAGGCGGCUGGAUCGUUUGGGCAAUGAAAUCUGUUCUUCCUUCUGAUUGAUUGUACAGCUUGUACAGCGGAGCAUCUAAUGUAGAACAUCUAGGAAUGGUCACUGCACACAGCCAUUGCCGAUAUGAGUGUCUGCAAUCAUCGCAUGUCACUAUGGGUGAGUAUCUUGCGUCAAGUUCGGUGUCACAGGGUAUUUGUUGCAGCGCAUAGUCGAAGUUGACGUAAAGAGACGAGGAGUAGUUAUCGUAUAAGGCUGCAAGCUGGUCGACCGUCUGAGCUCCUUCAACUAGUGCGGCCGAUGCCGGAACAGCAUAUGCCACGUCCUUGCAGAAUUCCAGGUUGUGUAUGAUCUUGCACGCUUGCGAGUCGCGCAAAGUGAAGUUAAAGCGUUGGUGAACAAGCGUCACGUCGCUUCCAAAGAGAUGUUCUGUGAAGGUGGCAAAAUAGGUGCUGUUUCUUUGUAAUCCGGUGAUCUGAAUGAGGUUGCGAUCUCCCGUGACCGUGCUGUUGUUGAUCACCUGUGUCAACACUUCACUGGUGUAAUUUGCAUCGCUGUACAACGAAAGCACAAACUCGGUGUUUGGAUUUGACCACAAAUCCGCACCACUCAACAAAACGCUCUCGUCGUCCACAUCAACCACAGAAAUGAGGGUUUCUCCGGUGUAAUUAAAGUAGAUCGAUCCGCUAGAUAUUUCCAUCGUGUAGGUCCAUUCUUCAUUAUUCUUGCACUGGCCGCAUCCACCAGACAUCAGCCGUGCAAACAUGAAGGAGUGCAUGUUGACCUGGGUAUUGUUUAAAGUAAGGACGGCCUCAAAGUUCCUGAACUCGACCUUCUUGGUGUCCUCAAUACCUGUCAGAUCAUCGUCAAAGUCGUAAUAAAGCACCAAACCUUCGUCGCUGCUCCGCCAAGACGGAGGUCUGGAAUCGAUGGUAACUUUCAGUGUGACGUUGCUAGUGGCAAUCUUCGUAUCAAACGCGAAAGCGUAGGUUUGCGACUCGUUGAAGCCAAUUGAUGAAGUAACAGAUUGCAGUCCAUACAAAUCCUGUGUCGGCAGACUGCGCUCCACGCUCCUCUCAAAUAGAUUGUCUGGCAUAAACUGGCCAGGCACAUCGAUCUCGUAGUGCGAAAUAUCAAGUCCUU